UAUGCUUACGAGUCUACUUCUUAUAUAUAUAUAUAUAUAUAUAUAUAUAUAUAUGGGAUAUGUUUGGAUAACUAUUGUUCCAUGUUUAUUAAUUUUUAUUUUAUUUGGUUCAAUAUUGUUAGUAUUUUCCAAGAUAGUGAUAGGACAUCCUUUUAACAUAUAUAUUUUUUUGAUUUUAAAAAUUAUAUAUAUAUAUAUAUAUAUAUAUAUAUAUAUAUAUAUAUAUAUAUAUAUAUAUAAACUUAAUAUUCAACCAAUCCAAACUCGGUUUCCUGAUUUCCUCGAGCCAUCGAGAUGGUCACAUUCUAUACUUAUUAUUUCAUUUUAUUAUUAUUUUAUUAUUGGAUUUACUCUGCCUUUGAUUUUUUUUUUUUUUUUUCUUUUCUUUUCUUUUUUUGGGUCAUCGAUUCAAUAUCUAUGUUGGACAGUUGUAAAAUGUGCAAGUCUUUUUUUUUUUUUUUUGGUAAAUAUAAAUGUGUAAGUCUUUCAAAUUAAUAGUUGUAAAAUGUGCAAGUCUUUCAAAUCAAUACCAAAUUUCUGGUAAAACACUCAAAAUAUUCCAACAUUUCAGUAGGAGUCAACCAGUUCCUCAUAAAACCUAACGGAUUGCUGACUUGUAAUUAAUCCAAGCGCCAGCUAAGUAACCGUUGGAACUUUUGCCACUAUAUUUGCGGACCCUUAAAAACACAUCCUUUCUGAGAAAAAGGCCAGCCUCUGCUUCUCUCUAGAAAGGAAAGGAAAAUUUCAUUGAACUCUUUUCUCUGCUUCCAAACAAUCCGACCACUUCUUGGUUUCGGGUUUCGUUUCCAGCGAUUGCUUUCGCUGGAUGCCGGAAUUCUGACCCAAAGGUCUGGAAACCAAGAAAAUGCCGGAUGGAAAAGUGUUUCCCUCGUGUGCUGAAGAAGAGGAAGAAGACACCAAAGAUGAAGGAGAAACCAGUCAAGAAAAUGUUGAAACGAUCUAUGAAGAGGACGAAAACCCUAGCUUUACGAAACUGAGGCCAUCGAGGAAGAAGGCAUUGCUCGAAUUACGGAGCAGGGUGGAAGACGCAAUUCACAACAAUUAUAUUCUCGGGAAAAAGAAAGGAAAACGUGGCAAGGUAAAGAGGAAAGGAAAAAGUUCGAGGGAAAAUGGCAAGGAAAGAGAAAAUUUGAAAGACAUUACACUCUGGGGCGUCCCUUUAUUGCCUAGUAAAGGCCAUGAAGGGACCAACGUUGUCCUAAUGAAAUUUUUGAAAACCAAAGACUUUAAGGUCUCCGAGGCAUUCAAAAUGCUUCAGAGAACAUUGAAAUGGCGGAGAGAUUUCAACGCAGAGGGAAUUCUUGACGAGAACCUGUGUUCUCAUCUAGAAAAUUUGAUUUGCAUAAAUGGCACAGACAAACAAGGACACCCUGUGUGUUACAUUACAUGUGGAGCAUUAAAAGACAAAGAAUUGUACAUGAAAACGUUUGGUUCGAGAGAAAAUUUCAAGGAUUGCCUCAGAUGGAGAAUCCAAUUCAUGGAGAAGGGAAUCCAAGAACUCAGCUUCAAUCCCGGUGGGGUCGACGCCAUUGUUCAGAUCACAGAUUUGAAGAACUCACCUGGUCCAGCCAUGAAGGAGCUACAUUUGAGCAACAGGAAAACAAUGAUGCUACUUCAAGAAUAUUAUCCUGAACUCAUCUUCAAGAAUAUAGUUAUAAAUGUUCCAUUUUGGAAUUUCAUGUGCCAUGCAUUACAUUGGCAGUUCAUUACUCAAAGAAACAAAAGCAAGUUCAUUUUUGCCAGGCCAUCAAGGGUUACUGAGACCCUUGUCAAAUAUAUAGCACCAGAAAAUAUACCAGUUCAAUAUGGUGGCCUCAAGAGAGAGGAUGAUGAUGAGUUCUCAUCUGAUGACACAGUCUCAGAGCUAAUUGUCAAAGUAGGUGCCAAAGGGGCUAUCAAAAUUCCUAUGAGUGAGAUUGGAGUGACGGUGGUUUGGGAUGUGAUAGCAAUUGGACAUGGGGUGAGCUACAAGGAGGAAUUUGUGCCAGAUGAUGAUUGCUCAUACAAUCUCUUGCUACAAAUGGAAAAGAAAAUGGGAAGGAGUGUUAGGAACUCCUUUUACAUAAAUGAACCUGGGAAAAUAGUGAUAACCAUUGAAAAUCAGUCCUAUAAGAAGAAAAAGGUGUUCUAUAGGUACAAAACCAAACUCACUCUGCCCGUGUACAUCUUCAAAUGAUUUGCAAGCUAUUUAUUUAUUUAUUUAUUUUUUGGGGGUAGGAAUGUGGUAGACUGAUAAUUGAUUAUGAUGUGUUGAUAUUGUGUUUCUUCAAAUCUGUUGUUUAUAAUCCUAAUUAAAAAUCAUGUUUUAUCAUUGACAGUUCAAAUUAGAGAGUGUUCACUUUGUGUAAGAAAAUGUCAAAUUAUAGAUUUAUUUCCAUUAGAUUUUUGUAAAAUUUA